AUGUCUGAUGAUAUUGAUAAACCUUUAUCAGAAGUUACGGAUAACAGAAAUGUGGCGGACGAAGCCUCGAAGGUUUCGGCAUCAGGGGAUAUUGAACAACAAGCGGCUGAUGUCAAGGAUACAGCUGUGAAGAUUGAUGAAAUUGUACGAAAAAUUCCUAAAGAAAGAAAGCAGUCACAAGUUGGUUCUGACGAAGAAGAUGAGGAGCGCGUUGUUGUGGAUCGCACCGCUCUUGAAGCGAUAUUGGAUGUCAGUUCUCGACUUAAAGAUAUUCAGAAAAAAAGUAGGAUGUCAAUGAGUACCCUUGCGUUAGGACAUGAAUCUUAUAAAGACAAGCAAGCAAAAGCUAAAGAAGCUCGUACCAAUCGUAUUGGAGGCUUAAAAACUCAACAUAGAUUUUUAAUUGAGAAUGCAGCUGUCAUCUUAAACAAAUCUCCUGAAUAUGUUCUGGAGGGCGUGUAUGAUGCUGACAUUCACAUUGAGCUUUUAGAUAGUGCUGUUGCUGAAGGUGGUAGAAAUUGUAUUGUGGUGUGUGAUGCUACGUUGCCACCGUUAAAAAUGGACUCUGGUCGUUUCGUACCAAAUCAAAAAUCAUGGAUGGAAAGAGUUUAUAUAUCUGAUACAUCUACAAUGCCUGUGCAAGGUCGCUGCGUGGCCAUGUACCGGAUUAAAAACAAAGCUAUUGAUGUGAAAAAUGUUGCUGACGACUAUUAUUUAGUAUUUUUUGAUAUAAAUCAAGAUACUGAAAAUGUGGUAUCAGGAAUUUAUAAAACCAUGAUACGUGUUUAUGUACCUGCGCUUAAAGUUUGCCAAGGGUGGGGUGAUAUAAAUCCACCUAAUCCUAAUAGUCAAGAAAUGAUUGCUUCUUAUAUUUCAAAAAUAAUGCUUUUCAUUGAUUAUCUUGAGAAAACAAAAAUAGACCUCGAUUGCUGUACAAGAUUUAAAAUAAAUUAUACAUUGUACGAAGAUGAAUUAUCAGAUCAAGAUAAAAUGAAAGUAGCGAUCACCAAAACAUCUGUGCUGGAAGAAAUUUGUACUUUUGUUAAGCAAUGGAUGAAACAGAUAACGAUGGUGUUAGUACAAAGUCAGCAACUGCGACGCGAGCCGCCAAAUAUAGGUCCUCUCGCAGAACUGGAUUACUGGCGCCGUCAACUUACAACAUUUACCUCAAUAAUUGAGCACAUUAAAAGUGACCCAUGCCAAAUGUAUAUACACACACUUAUCCGAGCCAAAUCGAAGCUUAUAAAGAAAUGGAGGCUGUUGGAUAAUCAAGUUACGGAUUAUUACAAUGAAGCUUCUGAUAACGUGAAGUAUUUGUAUGCUUUAGAGAAAUAUUGCGAACCCUUAUAUAGAUGCGACCCUGUCACCAUGCAUCAACACAUACCGGGCUUGCUUUACACAGUGCGGAUGAUAUUUGCAACAUCGCGUUAUUACAAUACAACUAAACAAAUUUCUACAUUACUCGUAAAAGUAACCAGUCAAAUACUUAACAUGUGCAUGGACUAUUUGACAAAUAAAGGCAAGAAGACAAUUUGGAAUCAAGAUAAGCAAAAUUUCAUAAAGAAAGCUAGGUUGUGUUUGAGCCUUUACAGCUUUUAUCGAGAAUGCUAUGACGAGACACAAAAGGAAAUGAUUGAGGCAGCAGAUGAGCGUCCCUUCGACUGCUCUGAAAUGUAUAUAUUUGGAAAGUUUGAAACAUUCCAAAAGCGGCUACUGAAAAUAAUAGAUUUAUUUCAAACCUAUAUUACUUAUUACGUCUUGAAUAAAAGUACUUUGGAAGGAAUUGAAGAGUUUGCAGCGUCAUUUAACAAGCUUUUCAAAACGAUAUCGACAAAAACAUAUGAUGCUUUAGAUCAUAGGCGGCCCGAUUUCGAUAAGGAUUACAAGAUUUACAAAGAUGCUGUCGCUCAUCAGGAGCUCUUAUUAGAAAAUUUUAUGAUAAAUAGUGUGAAUAAAUGCCCUACAACCGAAAUAGCGUUGAAUUUGUUGAAACGGUUUGAAAAAUUAAAACUGGAUUGUUUGUAUCUUGAAGAUCAGUAUUACGAUUUGAUAGGUAAUUUUACUGCCGAGAUCGAAAACAUUCGUGAUAGGUACAAUGAAGAAAGAGAAAAUCCAGAACUACCUAGAAAUAUGCCUCCUGUAGCAGGGCGAAUUAUGUGGAUAAGAUUUUAUAAUAAAAAUAUAAAAUUACCAAUGGAAGAGUUUAAGAAACACCAUGAAGUCAUAACACAUACGAAUACACAAAGAUGUAUAAAACUUUAUAAUGUUAUGAGAAUUGUUUUCACUGAAUUUGAAUUGAUAUACCAUAGUGCAUGGAUGGAAAAUGUAGGACAGGUGAGGUUGGGAUUAAUCGCUCCGCUACUUAUACGUCAUCCAACGACGAAUUUAUAUGUGGUAAAUUUCAACGUAUUCAUACCUGAAUGCAUUAGAGAAGUCGAGUAUAUGUGGCAGUUGGGAUUAAACGUCCCAGAUGCCGCCCAAAUAGUGGCUUAUUGUAAAGAACGAAUAUUUUCAAAUUAUGAACGUAUAAAGGGCUUAGUGGAGAGAAAUGAUAAAAUUAGAAGGGUCAUGCCUAAAUUGUACUUACCUUUACUGCGGGCGCAACUUGUGAAAAUGGAAAAAGCAUUUCAACCCGGUCUUUCAACUAUAACAUGGACUUCAUUAGAGAUACCAGCAUAUUGUGAUAAGAUUGAAGAAGUCUUAGACGAAGUUGAAUUAUUUGUAAAAGAGGUUAUGGAUAUGAAAGAAGCUCGAAUCGAUUCAAUAUUGCAAUCUAUAGCAAAAACUAUCUUGGUUUAUUUGCCUGAAAAUGCUGUUGAUCCUAACAUAUUCUAUGAAGAUAAUUUAGUGAGGCGUGAUGAAAUAGCACAAGAUUUACAACAAAAAUCAUGGAAUGCCGAGUUGGCUGUGAUUGAACUUAUAAACAAGUUUUUAGAAAGUGUACCUUCGAAACCGAUUCAAGAUCUGAAAGAUAAUUGGUUAGACGCAGAAAAAGCUUUAAAACCAGUUACGUCAGCAACGAGAGUAUUUCCUGAUAAUGCUGCAUUUUUGGAAAUAGAAAACCCAGACCGAUUUGAUGUGACGCACACAAUCAAUGAAUGUAAUGAGUUAUUCGCAUAUUUUGCUACGAAAUGUCUUGAGGCUCUUAUAAAGUGCACGAGACAAAGUCUAGACGAAUUAAGACGAAGAGCUUCAGUGUCGAGUUUUUUAACAAUGACUACGGAUGUUGAAGAACAAAAGAAGUUGAAUCCACUUAUGCUUACGAUGAUGUAUUUACAAAUACCAAGAAUACUUAUCAAGCCUACUUUGGAGGAAAUUCAAUCAGCAUUUUCACAAGUAGUGCUAAACUGCAUAAUGGAUAUCCAUCGUAACGUUUUCAUGUGGGGACAACAAGAACAAAUUAAUAAGGAGAAGAUGAAAGGUGAUUCGUUGGUUAUCACAAUGAGUGUAAGCGCCGGAUCAAGAUCAGGUUCGACAAUAACAGGCAUAAGAAGUUAUUUUAGGAUGGUCUCGGAACAUAAAGAUAUCGUUCGUUCGGUUAUGGCAUUGCAAGGGAUGAUGUUUAUGUAUAAACCGGAUAUUGAGAAAUUAUUAAAAGGAUAUAAUAGAUUCGCUCAUUUGUGGGCCGAGGAUAGAGUUCAACAAAUACAAGAAUUCGUAGAUUCAAAUCCUCUUAAUGUAAUAAUAAGAGAUAUGUUAAAGAAGUAUGAAGCACAGACGGAAGAAGUUGUCAAUUUACCAGAUAAACAUAUUAUUGGAUCUAUUCAAAUAGAUAUGGAUAAACUUAAACUGGCUCUACAUGUUGAAUCGGUUGAAUGGAAACGAAUCUUGGGCAAAUUACUGAGCCAGUCAUACAAGGAACGCGUAACAAAACUUAUGCAGUUCAUUAACGAUCGGAUGAAAACAAUGAGUAAAAAAAUUAAGGAUUUGGAUGACGUUAGAGUUGCCAUUAUGUGCCUCGAAUUGAUACGAGAUGAAUUUAUUGGAAUGGAUAUGGAAUUAGAUUUAAUUGAAGAAAGUUAUGCUACCUUUAACCAAUUUAAUAUUGAUAUACCAAAAGAAGAUGCAGAUUUAGUUUACGGUCUACGUUAUGCAUUUCAAAAUAUGCUUACAACUUCCCAGCAAGUUCAACAAAAAAUUGUUGAUAUGCAAGGCCCAUUACAAAAGGAGCUUACUGAAGGGGUGUCGUCGUUCCUUGAGGAUGUGCUGAAGUUUGACGCUGAUUAUGAUGCUUUUGGACCAAUGACUCCAGGAUUGUCUGCUAGAGAGGCCAGCGAUAGAGUGAUAAUGUUCCAGUCAAGGUUUGACGAACUGUGGCGACGAUUUGAAAUGUAUUCUAGUGGCGAAAAACUGUUCGGAAUGGAAGUGAAAGAUUAUCCCAUUCUUCAUCAGAAAAAGAAAGAAUUUAAUUUGCUUAAUAAAUUGUAUAGUUUGUAUCUUGCGGUGAUGAAUUCCAUAGAUGGCUAUUUUGAAACACCUUGGGUUGAUAUUGACAUUGAACAAAUUGUUGCACAGCUAAAUGAGUUUGAUAUAAGAUGCCGAAAAUUGCCGCGAGGUAUGAAGGAUUGGCCUGCUUAUAUUGACUUGAAAAAUAAAAUCGACGACUUUAAUCAAACAUGUCCACUACUGGAGCUAAUGGCUGAUAAAUCUAUGAAAGAAAGACAUUGGAGACGUUUAGAACAGCUAAUGAAUUGUGUAUUGGAUGUGGAAUCUGAUACUUUCACUUUAGCUAAUGUAAUGGAAGCGCCCUUAUUAAAGUAUAAAGAGGACGUUGAGGAUAUUUGUAUUAGUGCGGUAAAAGAAAAGGAUAUAGAAGCGAAACUUAAGCAAGUAGUAUCGGACUGGGCAGUAGUAGAUUUGACAUUUGCACACUUUAAGAAUAGAGGUGAACUACUCAUUAAGCCACAAGAGACACUUGAUAUUAUUACAAUGUUGGAAGACUCUUUAAUGGUUCUCAAUUCUCUGGCUUCUAAUAGAUACAAUCCUCCAUUCAAAAAAGAUAUUAUGUUAUGGAUCAAUAAGUUAGUAAGUACAUCCGAUAUUUUAGAAAAGUGGUUACAAGUACAAAAUUUAUGGAUGUAUUUGGAAGCAGUAUUUGUAGGAGGCGAUAUUGCAAAACAGUUGCCUGCUGAAGCGAAGAGAUUUGCUACGAUUGACAAAUCUUACGUAAAAAUAAUGUAUCGCGCCCGUGAUAUAGUUAACUGCGUAGAGACGUGUACAUCAGACGAUAGUUUGAAACAACUGCUCCCACAUCUGUAUGAUCAGUUGGAGGCCUGUCAGAAAUCACUCACCGGAUAUUUGGAGACCAAACGGCUUAUAUUCCCAAGGUUUUUCUUUGUAUCGGACCCUGUUCUGUUGGAGAUUCUUGGUCAAGCUUCCGACCCACAUUCAAUUCAGCCACAUCUACCAAGCAUAUUCGACGCUAUAUUCACCGUGGACUUUGACGAUAAGGAUAGAAUAGUUACAAUGAACUCUGACAACGGGGAAACCAUAAACUUGGAAAGACCAGUGGUUUGUGUGGGCGGCGUUGAGAAUUGGUUGAAUACUUUGCUAGAUACAAUGAAAGAUACAGUGAGAAACAUGAUUGCAAACAUAUGUCAAACAAUAUCAGGUGAUCCUGAGUUUGAAUUUUUAGUUGGAUUCUGGAACUUCCCUGGACAGGCAAGUCUUUUAGGCAUGCAAAUUUUGUGGACUAGUGACGCAGAGUAUGCCCUCAAAAAGGCUAGAGUUGAUCGUUACAUUAUGAAACUGACAAACCAGAAAUUCCUUGACCUUUUGAAUGGACUUAUUGACCAGACGGUUAAAGAACUAGUUCCGUUGGAUAGAACUAGAGUUGAAACUAUGAUAACGAUUCACGUCCAUCAAAGGGAUAUUUUUGAUGAUCUUGUAAAAAUGAGGAUCAAAAAUCCAGGAGACUUUGAAUGGCAAAAGCAAGCAAGGUUUUAUUACAUUGAAGAAAACGACGAUUGUAUUGUUUCCAUUACUGACGUUGAUUUUCUAUAUCAGAAUGAAUAUUUGGGCAUAACGGAACGGUUGGUGAUCACACCGCUGACAGAUCGUUGCUACAUCACGCUGGCGCAAGCGAUUGGAAUGAGCAUGGGCGGUGCGCCCGCAGGCCCGGCCGGCACCGGCAAGACUGAGACUACGAAGGACAUGGGUCGUGCUCUUGGCAAGCUGGUCAUUGUUUUCAACUGUUCCGAUCAGAUGGAUUUCAGAGGCUUAGGACGUAUUUAUAAAGGCCUCGCGCAAUCCGGCACUUGGGGAUGUUUUGACGAGUUCAACCGUAUCGAGUUACCCGUUCUCUCUGUUGCGGCUCAACAAAUAUACAUUUGCCUCACUGCAAGAAGGGAAAAGAAAGAGUUCUUUGUAUUUAGCGAUGGUGACGUGGUAAGCUUAAAUCCAGAGUUCGCAUUUGUGAUUACGAUGAACCCUGGUUAUGCUGGACGUCAGGAACUGCCUGAAAACUUGAAGAUUCAGUUCCGUUCUGUAGCUAUGAUGGUGCCUGACAGGCAGAUUAUUAUUAGGGUCAAAUUGGCCAGUUGCGGAUUUAAGGAAAACAUUUUAUUAGCUCGUAAGUUCUUCACAUUAUACAAACUAUGCGAAGAACAGUUAUCUAAGCAAGUUCAUUACGAUUUCGGUCUUCGGAAUAUAUUGUCAGUUUUGAGAACAAUGGGAUCGCAAAAAAGGUCAAAUCCUGAUAGCACUGAGGAAAAUAUUAUGAUGAGGGUUUUGAAGGAAAUGAAUGUCUCCAAGUUAGUGGACGAGGACGAACCGUUAUUUAUUUCACUAAUAGAAGAUUUAUUCCCUGGAAUGAAGCUUACGCAAACUGUUCAAAGGGAAAUGCAACGCGGUAUAAAUAUAGUGACGGAACGUUCUGGUUUAGUAAACCAUCCGGAAUGGAAUCUCAAAAUUAUUCAGUUAUAUGAGACGUCUUUAGUACGGCACGGUUUGAUGACUAUGGGUCCGACGGGUUCUGGGAAGACAACAUGUAUUCAUACGCUGAUGGAAGCGUUAACAGAAUUGGGCAAACCGCAUAAGGAAAUGCGAAUGAACCCUAAAGCCAUAACGGCGCCACAAAUGUUUGGAAGAUUGGAUGUUGCUACAAACGAUUGGACAGAUGGUAUAUUUUCGACUUUAUGGCGAAGAGCAUUGAAGGUAAAGAAGUCGGAUACCACUUGGAUUGUAUUGGAUGGUCCGGUGGAUGCAGUGUGGAUUGAAAAUCUCAACUCUGUGCUGGAUGAUAAUAAAACGUUGACUUUAGCAAAUGGAGAUCGAAUAACGAUGGCUCAGAAUAGCAAAUUGGUGUUCGAGCCAGAUAACGUUGACAACGCUUCACCUGCCACCGUCAGUCGAAUGGGAAUGGUGUUUCUAUCCUCAUCAGUUUUGAAAUGGCAACCUAUUUUAGAGGGUUGGUUAAAAAAGAGAACGCAAAAAGAAGCUGAUGCAUUACGUAAUGCUUUUAACAAAGUGUAUGAUGAUGUACAUUCUUUUGUACAACAAAAGUUACCAGCUAAAAUGAUGCUUCUAGAAGCUAUUUACAUUCGACAGUGCAUAGAUGUUUUAGUCGGCUUAUUAGAAAUUGAAGUUCCUGGUGGCAAAACACAUACGGAUCGCCACUUAGAGCGGCUCUUCAUUUUCGCGAUGAUGUGGUCACUAGGAGCUGUAUUGGAACUAGACGAGCGCGCACGAAUGGCCGAAUUUAUGACAAAACUGCCUGUUAAAAUGGAUUGGCCCGGUGCCAAGUCCAAGGAGUGGGUCAUGCCCUUCGACUAUAUGGUUAAUGAAUCUGGCGUUUGGCAACAUUGGUCUGAAAGUGUAGAAGAUUACAUUUAUCCAUCAGAUAGCGUACCAGAAUAUGCAUCAAUUCUUGUACCAAAUAUAGAUAACGUGUGUAUCUCGUUCUUGAUUGAUACUAUAGCUAAGCAGAAUAAAGCUGUGUUACUCAUUGGAGAACAAGGUACGGCCAAAACUGUGAUGCUAAAGAGUUACAUGCAGAAAUAUGACAAUGAAGUAAAAUUAUUUAAAAUGAUAAAUUUUUCGUCUGCUACCACUCCAAACAUGUUUCAGAGAAUAAUCGAAUCAUACGUAGAGAAACGCGUGGGUAUGACGUAUGGCCCUCCUGGGGGCCGAAGUAUGACAGUGUUCGUGGACGACAUCAAUAUGCCAGUAGUAAACGAGUGGGGUGAUCAGGUAACUAACGAAAUAGUACGGCAAAUGAUGGAGUGCGGUGGAUUUUAUUCUUUAGAUAAACCUGGAGACUUCAUUAUAAUUGCGGACAUUCAAAUGUUUGGUGCCAUGAUACAUCCUGGUGGUGGUCGCAAUGAUAUUCCACCUCGCUUGAAGAGACAGUUCAAUAUUUUUAACUGUACUCUUCCUAGCAAUAUUUCUAUGGAUAAAAUUUUCGAAACUAUAAGUGCGGGUUAUUUCUGUAAGACCCGAUUUGAUAAAAAGAUUGUAGAGUUUAUGCCAAGGCUGGUACCCGUGACUCGUAUGAUUUGGCAACAAACAAAGGUUAAGAUGUUGCCGACUCCAGCAAAAUUCCACUACGUGUUUAAUUUGCGUGAUUUAUCCAGAAUUUGGGAGGGCAUACUCUAUAUCAAGAAAGAAGAACUGCAAAGUAUAGUAACUGCGCUGAAAUUGUGGUUCCAUGAAUGUGUGAGGGUUAUUUCAGAUAGAUUUACCACAUUUGAUGAUAAGGAUUGGUUUGUGGCCAACUUUUGGAAGACGGCAGCUCGAGAAUUACCCGAUGUUGUUAACGAAUUUCCAACUGAAGAAACAUUUUUCGUCAACUUCCUUAGAGAGCCCAUUGAUCCCACAGGCGAUGAGGACGAGGAUUUCAGUACCGAAGCUCCUAAAAUAUAUGAAGAGAUACCAUCGUGGGACUUUGUAUUGACAAAACUAGGACAGUUCCAAGAUCAAUUUAAUGAACAAAUUAGAGGAGCGCAUUUAGAUUUAGUAUUUUUCCACGACUGUAUGGUACAUUUGUUUAUUAUAUCGCGAAUCAUAAAUACUCCUAGAGGAAAUGCGUUACUUGUUGGUGUCGGUGGUUCCGGUAAACAGAGUUUGACUAAAUUAGCUUCAUUUAUAGCAAAUUUUAGAUUUUAUCAGAUCACGCUAACGAGGGCGUAUAAUGUCAACAAUUUUAUGGAGGACAUAAAAGUUUUGUACCGUGUAGCGGGAUUACAAGGGCUAGGCAUUACGUUUAUAUUUACCGACAAUGAUAUUAAAGACGAGCAGUUCUUGGAGUUUCUUAAUAAUAUUCUCAGUUCCGGCGAAAUCGCUAAUCUCUUUCCUAAAGAAGAAAUGGAUGAAAUUCUCAACGAACUGACACCUAUAAUGAAAAAGUUUGCACCAAGAAGGAUUCCCAUACCAGAUGUGUUAUAUGAAUACUUUAUAAUGCGAUCCAGAGCUAAUUUGCAUGUCGUUUUAUGCUUUUCCCCGGUAGGUGAAAAAUUCCGUAGUAGAGCCUUGAAGUUCCCUGGACUUAUUUCCGGAUCUACAAUGGAUUGGUUCCAAAAGUGGCCAAGGGAGGCACUGAUAGAAGUUGCUCAACAUUUUCUAGCUGACUUCAAGAUUGUCUGCUCAGCGGAAACUAAAAAUCAAUUGAUCGAAGUAAUGGGCAUGGUUCAAGACAAUGUUGCUGAGGCAUGUACAACGUACUAUGAAAGGUUUCGGAGGCAAACCCAUGUCACUCCGAAGUCUUAUUUGUCUUUCUUGGAAGGCUACAAGGUUUUGUACAAGGAAAAACAUACUAAUAUUGCGGAAAUGGCAAAAAGAAUGACUACUGGUCUGGACAAGUUGGUUGAAGCUGCAGCAAGUGUGGAUAUUUUGAAAAAAGAACUAGAACUAAAAGAACUUGAAAUAAAAGAAGCUACUGAUAAAGCAGAAGAGGUUUUGGCAGCCGUGGCGGAAUCAGCAGCAGCUGCUGAAGUAGUGAAAGGAGAAGUAUUGGCUGUAAAGGAACGUGCUGUCAAACUGGUCAACGUGAUCGCUGCAGAAACGGCAGUUGCUGAAGACAAAUUAGCAGCUGCAAAGCCCGCUCUUGAUGCAGCUGAAGCUGCAUUAUUGACUAUAAAUGCUGCUGAUAUUGCGACGGUACGGAAAUUAGGCAAACCGCCAUUCCUGAUUACUCUUAUUAUGGACGCUGUAAUUAUUCUCUUCAGAAAACGUAUUGAUCCUAUUAAGCCUGAUCCCGACAAACAGUUCUUAAUUCCGUCUUGGGCCGAGUCGUUGAAGGUUAUGGCUGACGUAAGAUUCUUGAAUAAUCUUAAAAAUUAUCCAAAGGAUGAAAUUAACGCAGAAAUGGUUGACUUAUUACAGCCGUACUUCAACUAUAGUCAGUAUACUUUUGAGGCCGCUAAAAUAGCAUGCGGUAAUGUAGCGGGGUUAAUAUCAUGGACCAUCGCGAUGGCACAGUUUUAUGCGGUGAACAAAGACGUGUUGCCGCUUAAGGCUAAUCUGGCUGUCAUGCAAGGCAAGUAUCAAGCCGCUAAGAAAGAACUAGAAGCCGCCGAAGCACAGCUAGAAGCAAAAGAGCGUGAAUUAGCAGAAGUUCAGAAACAAUUUGACGAGGCAAUGUCGUUGAAACAAGCCGUGUUGGACGAUGCCGCCAAAUGUCAGCAGAAAAUGGAUGCUGCAACAGCGCUUAUUAACGGCCUUAGUGGAGAACGUGUGCGAUGGACAGAACAGUCAACAUUAUUCAAGUCACAGAUAGAGCGGCUAGUGGGGGACAUUUUGUUAUUAAUUGGAUUUUUGUCAUAUUCAGGACCUUUUAAUCAAGAAUUUCGUAACUUAUUAGUUAGCAAUUGGCUCAGUGAGUUGAUAAAACGUAAAGUACCAGUAUCAAUGAGCUUAAGUAUAACAGAGGAACUCACCGACACUGCCACGAUUGGAGAGUGGAAUUUAUAUGGAUUACCAACGGAUGAGCUAUCAAUACAAAAUGGUAUAAUCGUAACAAAAGCUGCUCGCUUUCCACUGCUGAUAGAUCCACAAACGCAAGGGAAAAUUUGGAUCAAGAACAUGGAAAGAUAUAAUGACCUGAUUGUUACUACACUAAAUCACAAAUACUUUCGGAAUCAUAUUGAAGACUGCGUUUCUCUCGGUAGACCUCUUUUGAUUGAAGAUGUAGCAGAAGAGUUAGAUCCAGCUUUGGAUAAUAUUUUGGAGAAAAAUUAUAUUAAAAUUGGAUCAACAUUCAAAGUCAAAUUGGGAGACAAAGAAAUCGACGUAAUGCCCAGUCAUAAAAUCUAUAUUACUACUAAAUUACCUAACCCUGCUUACACCCCAGAAAUAUCUGCACGUACUUCUAUAAUUGACUUUACUGUCACUAUGCAAGGAUUGGAAGAUCAAUUGCUAGGUCGGGUGAUACUAACAGAAAAAGCAGAGUUGGAAUCAGAACGCACGCAACUAAUAGUAGAUGUGACCUCAAACAGAAGAAAGAUGCAAGAAUUGGAAGCAAAUUUGCUGCACAAGUUGACUACAAUACAAGGGUCUCUCGUCGAAGAUGUUACUUUGAUUCAAGUGCUAAAUGUCACAAAGGCAACGGCCACAGAAGUAAGAGAAAAAUUGGACGUAGCCAAAGAGACCGAAGUAAAGAUCAAUGCGGCUAGGGAAGAAUUUCGACCUGUGGCAACUCGCGGCUCGGUGCUGUACUUCCUGAUCUGCAAUAUGUCGCUCGUUUGCAACAUGUAUCAGACUUCGCUCGCCCAGUUCUUGGAACGUUUCGACAUUUCUAUGGAAAGAUCGCCACAGAGCCCCAUUACAACGAAGAGGAUCAUGUUCAUUAUUGAUUAUUUGACUUUUGAUGUCUUUAAAUAUAUCAGCCGUGGUUUUUAUGAGAAACACAAAUAUUUAUUUACUGUUUUGUUAACGCUUAAAAUCGAUUUACAAAGGGAAUAUAUUACAUACGAAGAGUUCCAAACAUUUAUAAAAGGUGGUGCCGCUUUGGAUCUGAAUGCAUGUCCGCCAAAACCAUUUAAAUGGAUUACCGAUAUGUCGUGGUUAAAUUUAGUACAGUUGUCAAGUUUGCGACAGUUCACUAACAUUCUAAACCAGGUGACUAGCAAUGAAAAGGGUUGGAAAAAUUGGUUUGACAAAGAAGCACCAGAAGAUGAACCUCUUCCAGAUGGUUAUCAUACACUAGAUGUUUUCAGAAAAUUGCUAAUGGUUCGAGCUUGGUGUCCAGACAGAACAUUGGCACAGAGUUUAAAAUAUGUUAUAAGCUCAAUGGGUGCUAAGUAUUCUGAAGCCGUAAUUGUAAAUUAUGAACAAAUGGUUAUCGAGUCUCGUCCAUUAGUGCCUCUUAUUGGUUUCUUGGCGAUGGGAUCGGAUCCGACGCCUUCAAUCGAAAUAACGGCAAAGCGACUGGAAUGCAUUUGUUCGUCUGUCUCAAUGGGACAGGGACAGGAAAUUCAUGCCAGAAAACUUAUUGAUCGUGGUCUAAAAGAGGGUAUAUGGGUAUUGCUUCAAAACUGUCAUUUAGGUUUAGAAUACAUGGUCGAAGUUAUGGAACAAUUCGCUGAACUUGAAAAGGAACCUGAGAAAGUGCACGAAACAUUCAGGCUGUGGAUAACUACAGAAGUCCAUCCGAAGUUUCCAAUUACGCUGUUACAAAUGUCCAUUAAGUACACUUGUGAACCCCCAUCAGGAGUCAAGGCUGGCCUUAUGAGAACUUACGAUUCCAUGAGCCAAGACUUUUUAGACUAUAGCGAUAGUCCAUUUUACUUGCCUUUAAUUUACACGAUAUCGUUUCUACAUACUGUGGUGCAAGAAAGACGCAAGUUCGGUCCUUUAGGUUGGAAUAUUCCUUAUGAAUUCAAUUCUGCGGAUUGGCUAGCUUCUUGUAUGUUUGUACAAAAUCAUCUUGAUGAAUUAGAGGUUGGACAGCCGAUUAGUUGGACGACAGUACGCUACAUGAUAUCUGCUGUACAAUAUGGUGGGCGGGUGACCGACGAUUAUGAUAACCGCCUGCUGGCCACAUUUUGUAGAGUGUGGUUUACCGACCAACUAUUUUCGGAAGGCUUCCAGUUCUAUAAGAGUUACGGCAUCAUGUCUUUCAAAAACAUCCCUGAAUAUAUUGAGGAAAUAGAGAAGAUGAAAACAGUUGACCCACCCCAAGUUUAUGGCUUGCAUACAAAUGCGGAUAUAACAUAUCAGCGAAGUGUGACUCAGGAGCUAUUGGAUACAAUAUUGUCUAUCCAACCGAAAGAGUCUAGUUCAGGCGGCGGCGAGACGCGCGAAGCAUCUGUAUACAGACAAGCUAAAGAGAUGCUCGAAAAAGUUCCACCUAAUUUCGAUCCACAUGAAGUGAAAGAAAGAUUACGAUUUUACGGCAUACUUAAUUCGAUGGUGAUUUUCUUACGGCAAGAGAUUGAUCGAAUGCAAAAAGUUAUAACGUUGGUUAGAAACACUUUGAAGGAUUUGUUACUGGCAAUAGAUGGUACCAUUAUAAUGAAUGAGGCACUACGAGAUUCUUUAGACAAUAUAUACGAUGCUAAAGUACCAAAAUUAUGGCUGAGGAGCUCGUGGUCGUCAUCCACAUUAGGUUUUUGGUUUACUGAGUUUCUGGAGAGAAACUCGCAGUUCAACAGCUGGUGUUUCACGGCGAGACCAAAUUCAUUUUGGAUGACAGGCUUUUUUAAUCCUCAAGGUUUUUUAACGGCCAUGAGACAAGAAGUGACUCGUGCACAUAAGGGAUGGGCCCUUGAUAUGGUGGCUUUACACAAUGAUGUCACUAAGUUUAGCUAUGAAGAAAUCAAAGCGCCUCCGCCAGAAGGUGUUUAUGUUCAUGGCUUGUUCCUUGACGGUGCGGGCUGGGAUCGACGUAACAUGCGUUUGUGCGAAUCCACUCUCAAAAUUUUAUACGCUCCGCUGCCUGUCGUGCAUGUUUAUGCGAUCAACUCUACGGCGCCUAAAGAUCCCAAACUUUAUCAGUGCCCCGUAUACAAGAAACCACGUCGGACGGACUUAACUUUUAUUACGCCUCUUUGGCUGCCUACAAUAAAACACCCUGAUCACUGGAUCCUAAGAGGAGUUGCCAUAUUGUGCGAUAUUAAGUAA